AAGAACAAAAGACGCAGUGAGAGAAAGCAUCACACAGAUGAAUGGCUUUCCCUUCCCUGCCCGACUCCUUAACCUCUGAAUCCAGCACAAAAGAACUGCAAGCCCUCCAAUCCCGCCACUCUAUUGAUCCCAUCUCAGUCAUCCUACUACAGCAAAGACACACGAUAACAGAGACCAGUGCCAAUUUUUACAUCAGAGUACCCAAUUACGUACCUGUGCCGCACCGCCGACGUACCCAAUGACCCACGACGUACCCGGCGUUUUUUGGUGCGCAUCGAAGCGCACCGGAGCGUACCCACGGCGUACCCGCACCCGGUACGGGUGCGGGGGCAGAAAUGUCGUACCCGUGCUUCACAGCUCAAAUCACUAGCCUCAUUCAGCAUUGGGUUCAGGAUUUAAUUUUUGUACCGUGCACAUGAAGAAUGAUUUGUUAAGAAGGGUCACCGUCUAGCCACUUAAUGCAAUCUAUAUUCACAAGAUAAUUAAUCUCAUAUCUAUUAAAAAUCUGAAAAGGAUUUUACCUUUCCAUCCGUGCAAAGAUGAGAUAAAACUUGACAGAAGAAAACAAACAAAAAAUAUAGGAAAAGCGUUUUGCAGAAGAAAAAGCAAGCUCCCCAAGAUAGAGGCAGACACACACCAUAUCUCAAUUCUCACAUCACAAAACGUCAAUAGCACACCAAACACUCCCUCGAAACUCACACCCUCAAACACGCUUCUUUUCUCUUCUGCUGAACUUUGUGUGAAACAACACACCGCCACAAACAACAACACCACCACCAUGAAGAAGCUCUCUGCGAGAGCCAUUUCCAGUAGUCCAGCUCGAACAGACAAGUUCCCACCUCCAUUGAUGAUGAGGUUCCUCAGAACCAAUGCUGGUAGCAGAAGCACCAGGAGAACAUCAUCACGCUCCAGCCCCAUGUUCCUUCGGAAGAAAAACACCACCACCACCGUUGAAACCCAAGAACCUUCUUCCCCUAAAGUCACAUGCAUGGGACAAGUUCGAGCAAAACGCUCCUCCAAAUCCACACCACCCAAAAGAGAAACCAGAGCUUCCUCCGCCACGCCGUGUCGCUGCUGGUGGAUCCGGAAGCCCAACAACCCCUGCCGCUGCCGCCCCGUUUGGCCUAAAUGGGCCUUCUUCCGGCGAAAAUCAACCAAGCUCAAAGAAGAAAACUCUGCGAAAUCAGAGUCAAAUUUUCAGGGGAGGUCCUUCGAAGAAGAAUCAAGAAUGAGCACUUGCGAUAAUGUUCCUUUUGCUUCCAUCUCUUCCACCCCACCGAGAAACGCUUUGCUGUUAACAAGAUGCAGAUCCGCGCCGUUUAGAUCUUCCUCUUUGGCGAGCAAGUUCUGGGGUUCUGAAGAAACAGAGUCCACCUCCGGCGACACUUCCGGUGACAACGAUAACAAACCGGUUUCAGUGAGGCAUUCAGUUUCGGAAUCAGAAGCCAAAAGGGUAUCAGAAUCUGAAACAAAAAUGGAGUUUUUCAAAGAGCUUGAGGAUUCGCUUCUGAGACAGGGAAUCACAGCUUCAAUCACCAACAACUCAGAGGGAAACUCUGCAUCACGUUCUCCUGUAGUGCUUACAAGGUGCAAAUCGGAACCGGCUAACAGAGGGCUUAGGAUUGAUCCUGAGGUGAACAAUUUGUGGAAAAAGAGAAGGUUGGGUUUUGCUACUGAGACAUGCUCUGUUCUUCAUCAUCACAUGGUUUCUGAUUAGGUUAAUUAGUUCUUAAUCUUCAUUGCUUAAUCUGAUUAAUUCUUUUCCAUUUUUCUGUUUCUUUGAAGUGAAGUGUCAACGGUUACUGAGUAGAAUAUAGUUCUAUGAAUAAAAAAGGUAUCUGUGUAUAGUGUUGUGCAUUGAAAGAAGAAAAGCCAGAGGUAUUCACAGCUGUACAUUGUUUGAAUUUUCAAUUGUUUGUUUUUAUUAUGAACACAAAAAUUGCUUUGAGAAGUGAGAUAAGAGUCCAUGGAAAUGGGUAACUGUAGUUAAUGUCUUCUUGUCUUUAUAGGAGGAGUUUCUUUGUCCUUGCUAAGAAAUCUUAAGAACCUGAAAUGUAGACU